GCAGAAGCUGAACUCCAAGAAUCGCCAUGGAAGAAACAGAAGGCUUAAAGACAAAGAAACGAAAGCAGAGCUCCUCCGCCUCCUCCACCGAUCCCUUCGCAGGGAUCUUCACUCGGAGGAGAUCGGAGAUAUUCCUUCACCGCAACAGAUCCGGCCACGUUCGUCCCUAUUCCACCCCCGCAAGAAAACACAACACUAAAGUCCAGUUGCCUGAUUGGUGCCGAGGAAACCCUAGAGCAUCCAACAGUGAAGUCUUCGACAAUGAAAUCGUUCGCAACUCCAUCAAGGAUCUUCGUGCCAGACGGGUUUUUUCUCCUGCUUCCAUCUCCGACGAGUGCUAUUCGAAUGGUAAUAUUGAUAUCGUAGAAGAUGCGGAUUUCCAGAAACCUCAAUUAGCUGGUGUAUUAUGUAAAUCGAAGGUAGUGGAAAAUGAGGAAAGCGAAGUAGGUAUGAGUUUUAAUUUUCAAUGUACAGAAAAUCAUCAAUUGACUGAGACGGAAGGGACGAGAGAGUUGUCAGUAGAGUCUUGUCGAGGUGAGAAGAAAAGUAUUGGAGAAAGUGAGAUUUUGGGUGGUGAAGAUGAUUUUACUGAAGAUUGGGUUCAGACAACACCUCCGGAUACUGAUGUCUUCUGUAAAUCGAGAGUGGAGGACAAUGGAGAGAGUACAGUGGAGUUUGAUUUACAUAGUAGGGACAAUAUUGCUGAGAACCCAUCGAGUAGAAGGGUUUCAGACAAUGGUAACUGCGUUGGUGAAGAUUUUUCCCAAAUCGACAUGGACAAGAAUGAUCGAUCCCGCAAUAGGAGCAGGAUGGAGGGUCUUGUUCCGUGUUCACGUUUGAAGCUAUUUAAAACCCCAAAUUCCUUCAGCUACAGAAGAUUGUUGCCAUUCCUUAUGGACAUUGCAAAAGAUAAUUCCACUGCUUUGGAAAUUCGACAAUGCAAGAAAGUUGAAAAAUCUUUCGAGGAAAAGCCUGUUCCGCCAUUUUCAGUUUCUUUGUCUCAGGAAAUUCCCAUGGUGGUAAACGCUGACCCUUUGCCCACUGAACAUCCUUUGGGUUGUUUGGCUUCUCCUCCACCAGGAAAAAGGAGAGAAACGGCUCCGCUGGGUGAUUCAUCUGGCAUUCAGGGCUCAAAUUUAGUAUCUUUGGGACAACCCGUUAUUGAACGCCCCCUUCAAUAUUUGCCUGAAAGCAACCAGGGGACCAUUGCAGCAGAUGUGGAUCUCAAAAUGCUUCAAUUUCCUGUUACGGGAGUGACUGAUCAGUUGGCUGAGGUCUGCUUGGGGCAGCCAGAAAAUAAUCUAAAUUGUGAAGUUUCAGGGGGAAGUGUUUGUUCCAAUGAUGACUGGUUUCAGACUAUCGCCCCUAAUACUGAUGUAAUAUGUAAAUUGGAGGCAGAGGAGAAUGGAGGAAGCAGAAUGGAUUUUGAUCCUCAAUGUCCUCAAUGUGCCAAAAAGCACCAAUUACCUGAGAUGGAAGAUAAAAGGGAGUUAUUAGUAGAGUCAUGUCAAGGUGGGAUGAAAAUUAAUGGAGACGGUGAGGUAUUUGGUAGGGGAGUUGAUUCUACAGAAGAGUGGGUUCAGGCAACACCUCCGGAUGUCAAUGUCUUCUGCAAAUUGGAAGUGGAGGGGAAUGGAGGGAAUACAACGGAGUUUGAUUUACAGAGUAGGGACAAUUUUGUGGACAAGAAUGACUUUUCCCACACUAAGAGCAGGAUGGAUGGUCUUAUUCCUUGUUCACGGUCGAAGCUAUUUAAAGCCCCGAAUUCCUUUAGCUACAGAAGAUUGUUGCCAUUUCUUACAGAUAUUGCAAAAGAUAAUUCCAGUGCUCUGAAAAUUCGCCAAUGUGAGAAAGUUGAAAAGUCUGUGGAGGAGAAGCCUGUCCCACCAUUUUUGUUUUCUUCGUCUCAGGAAAUUCCCAUGGAAGGGGUGAACACUGACCCUUUACCUGUUGGACAUCAUUUGGGUUGUUUGGCUUCAACUCCACCUGAAAUAGCAAGAGAAGCUCCAUUGGAUGAUUCAUCUGAGAUUCAGUGCCCAAAUUUACGGUUUCCUGGACGACCAUCUACUGAACCUCCCCUUCAGAAUUUGCCUGAAAGAAUUUUUAUUUCCACAGCCAAUGAUUCAAUGAUCAUAACAGCACCCAAUUCGUCCAGUGAAUGUUCAUCAGAAGUUCAAAAUGUUAUGCCAAAUAGUUCUAAUGAGUUGGAUACUUGUAAUGCCAUGGGUUUGAUUCAGAAAGCAGAUGGACCAGCAAAGCUAUCCAUCAGCCUUCAAGCUGCGACAAUAGAACAGGGUGCUCUGCAUAUUUCUUCUUAUUCUUCUACAGGAAUUGAAGAGGAUUGUACGGCAAUGAAAUUUCAUGCAGAUGUCAAGCCUCUAGAAUCACUCAGCUUUUGUCAAGAUUCACCACAAUUUGAAGCUCUUGUUCCGUCAGUAAAGCCUGCAGGUGGUCCUACAAAGGGGAUUCUCAAAAGAAAUCCACGAGGAUGCAGAGGGCCCUGCACAUGUCUGAAUUGUUCCUCAUUUCGCCUUCAUGCUGAGAGGGCAUUUGAAUUCUCAAGAAAUCAGUUGCAAGAUGCCGAGGAAGUGGCUACAUUACUGAUGGUGGAACUAAAUUGCUUAAAGAAUCUAUUGGGGGAAUAUGCUGAUGCUUCAAAGGAACAUGCUGUUUUUGAAGUCAGUCAGGUGAAAGAAGCAUGCACGAAUGCCUCCAGAGUUGAAGAAUUGGCAAAAACUCGCCUACUGCAAAUGAAUCAUGAUCUCAGCAUCCACUGCAGGAUGACUGGCUUGCAGCGGCCAAGAGUAAGCUUUGCCAAUCAGGUUGAGACUAGCAGAUUAAGGAUUCCAAACAGUAAGGCAGAAGAUAUGGGUUAAGGAGAAUGACAUUUCAUGCUUCCAUAAAAAUGCAGUUGAGUUGUUAAAAAGUCUGUUAUGUUGAUGUAUGGAAUUGGCUCCAGGAUCAAAAGUUGCUUGCCCAGGAUGACUCAAAGUAAAAAAAUGACACAUCAGCAUAAUUGUACUUUUGGGGAAUAUUUUUCAAGAAAAACUGCAGCUUGUGGGUUCAGAUUGUAGCUUGUUCUUUACUAUGGGGUUGCAUUCUAUCUCACCUUAAUCAGCAAAGCAGGCAAAUUGAAAAGCAAAUAGAAAGGAAGGGAAUUGCAUUUGGGGAGAAUCAAUAAGGUUUUUA